UCCCUGGAGCAGAAACAGGGACCUCUCUAGAUAGAGGGGCAAACUGGGGUCGGUAUCAAUCUCAGGACCUGGGGGGUAUUUCUGCUGCUGAUCAGAGUUUCAUUUGGUUAGCUUGUUGCAAAAAUGUUUCUGUUUGUGCAUUUACUUUGUUCAGUGAAGUUUGUCUGACAGGUUAAUAGCCAUCAAGACCAGACUUAUCAGACAGACGUACAUAGUGUGAAUUAUUGCUGCAGACUUGUUUGCAAAGAUACUUUCGUUUAUUUUUUUUAAUUAAAAAACCCAGCUUUUCUUCUGAAAAAAAAAGCGCAGUGAAAUAAAAUGCCCGGCAUUUGUAUCAGUGCAAAUUGUGCUUCUGCACUUUAAUCAUGGCCAAAAGGAAAGGUCGGGCUUAUAGAAGGAGGAAGCGGAGAGGUUGCAUGAGCCGAGAAUGCAAAGGAGCACAUGCGGUGGAGACUGGAGCCAACAUCAGUCAUGAGUCGGAUUACGUGCAGCUGAGGAAAUGGCUGAAAAAGAAGGGUUUCAAUGACUUCUACUUGGUGCCAGCAAACUUUCCAGAUAUUGGCAGAGGACUAAUGACCAUAAAAGCUCUACAGCCAGGAGAUCUUGUUAUUAGAUUACCUGAGAAGUGCCUGCUCACCGCUAACACUGCCCUAAAGAGUUAUUUGGGUGAAUACAUUGAGAGGUGGAAGCCUUGUUUGUCUGCCCUCCAAGCCUUGUGUACUUUUCUCAUUUCUGAGAGACACUUUGGGAACCAGUCUGCAUGGAAGCCCUAUAUUGAUGUCUUACCAAAGACAUACUCCUGCCCGGUUUACUUAGCAGAGGAAGUAAUUGACCUGUUUCCUGGCCCUCUGGUUAAAAAGAUUCAGGAGCAAAAGAGUGCAGUUCGGGAGCUGUAUCUUACUUCGCAAUGCUUCUUCAGUUCACUGCAGCCCUUGUUCUCUCAGCACGUAGAGAGUAUUUUUACUUAUGAUGCUUUCCGUUGGGCUUGGUGCAGUGUCAAUACCAGGACAGUUUAUAUGGAACAUGUGCAAAGCGAGUUCUUUUCCCAAGAACCUGAUGUCUAUGCCUUGGCACCAUACUUAGACCUGCUGAAUCACAGCCCUUCUGCUCAGGUCGCAGCUGCUUUCAACCAGAAAAGCAGCCAUUAUGAAAUCCGAACAGUCACAAAAUGCAGGCAAUACGAACAGGUUUUCAUCUGCUAUGGUCCCCAUGACAACCAGCGGCUCCUAUUGGAAUAUGGAUUUCUUGCGAGCAGUAAUCCACACAGUGUCGUGUAUGUCGAUAAAGAUCUCCUUUGUAACCACAUUUCUCAAAAGGACGAAUCAGCGGACAGAAAUCUGUUAUUUAUACAGGGUGAAGGCCUUUUGGAAAACCUGACCUUUGGAUUAGAUGGACCUUCCUGGAGGCUUAUGACAGUUCUUAAGCUGUUCUGUCUCAGAGCAGAGGAAUAUUUAAGGAGAAAGAACAUCUUGGUUGGUCUGCCUGUCUCUGCUGAAAAUGAAUGGAGCAGUCUGGAACUCGCAGAAAAACUCUGUUUCCAUCUUAUCAGUGAAAACCAGAAGGUGAUGCAUGAAAUUUCCAAACUAUUGCACGAAAUAGCUGACCUUUCAGAACAGCUGGAGUUGGUGGCAACACUGCGAAGAGAAGAACUGAAGAUAUUGCAAGCUUCAGCUGAAGUAUUGCAAAAUAUGAGGUUUGCUACUCCCAGAUGAUAAUUGGAAUGCAGACCACUGGCAAUAUUCCCUGUUGCUUGAGCAAUGAAUAGUGAUCAGACUUGAACAGCUGUUUGGAUCAGGAAAGAGCACAUUCAUUGUUUGAAACAGUUCAUUGUGAAUAUGUUUACUUUUUAAAAUAAAAGGUUUGUAUGGCAAAUACUGAUGCUGCCAUAGUUCAUCAGAAACUGGAAAGAUGAUCUUAUAAACCGGACUUGUGAAAACUCCAACAGGUUGAAUAUCUGGUGUUAGCCUUGCCAUUGUAGGGAGGUUGUAAGUGGGAACUUUCCACAGGGCGGGAUGGAAAAUUUAGAGGGAGUGGUUGUCGCAGUGAUCUGGCAGAGUGUGUGGUUCCUCAGAUAUAAGCUGCUCUUGUGGUUUGAUUACAUUGAAACCCGUCCAGUGAAUUACUACCUUACAACUGGAAUAAAUUGAUAAAAAUGAAUCUA